ACGUCACGACGGUGUCGCGGAUAUUUAAUGUCACGUUGUUUUUUCGUGUCGCGUGGGAUUCUUCAGUAGAGUCGAUACAUGAAUUAGUUCUGUAAUAUAGAUUUAUUUUCUGGUAAGGGAUAUAAUGGAAAAGACUGCGCAACAAGACCUCGUCUUUUUGGAGCUCAGACAGAAACUGCAGAGCGGCCUCUUGUUCAUCCGCAGUGACGCAGUCAGGGAUGAUGCAGAUGUGAGGGUGGAGGGUAAAGCAGACUCGCUCCUGAGCGUCCAGACCCCUGCCAGGAGCUACGAGGUGCAUCUGCCGUCUGCUGUGCGUCUGGAGGAGACGUGGAGUCAGAGGAGUCCAGAACAAACUCAGCACGAGUCCCAGUUCAGACUGAGGCUCAGGGUGGAGCGCCUCACAGAAGCUCCGUGCAGUGUGAUUGGACAGCUGCGGGUCGCUGAGACGUACUCCUUCCUGUGCCAGUCUUGUGGCUCCAUGGUGCUUCAAGACAGGGCUUUUGGGCGAGUGCUUCCUCUGCCCAAUGGAAACUGGAAUGCAUUAGUGGACGACUGGUGCUGCCACCCGGAUCCCUUCGCCAACAGGAAGCUGCUCCCGCGAGACGGAGACUGUCUGCUCGGGGACACGUUUCUUCUGCUGGCUCGGGACAGCAGCUGUGAGCAGACCCUCGUACGGGAAGAGAGCACGCUUCAGAAAGCCUCUGCAGAGCAUGGGCGCAGCAGCAAGCGUGUGAUGGUGUCCUGCAGGAGCUGCUCUGCGGUGCUGGGACAGGAAGUGACCGCAGAGGUGCUGAAGAUUUACAUAACUGAAAUAUUAGUAAAGCCACGUGAAGAUGGAAAGUGUGAUCUAACACGGCUCAGUUUAGUGUCCCAGCCUAAUUCAGAAAGGCAGAGAUUCCUGGAGCGAACGCUAGCGUCCCGGCUGGUCGAGCUGUCAUCCGCACAGAAUACAUUUCGCUUUUCCAUCCAGAACCCAGAUGACAGAGCUGUGAUUUUGCUGUGGCUUCUGAACACGGACACCCUGGUCGCCUCAUUUCCAGGGGGCGACAGCUUCAUAUCCGCAGACAAGGAUCAUCCCGGAGAGCAUCAGUCAUGUCGGGCCGCUCAAGCAGUCAAAGUGCUGUACAUCCUCUGCUCUGACAGCAAACUCCAAGAAAAUGUUUAAAAUACCAGAAAGAAGUAUUAAUAAUAAACUGAAGGAAGUACAGCUGUAAAAAGUGUUGAUCUGUAAAUGCACAAGCUGAGAGAAGUGCUCUGAUCCCUCCUGGAGAUGUGUAAUGUUCCCAUGCUAAGAGCUUGAGGAUGCUGUGAUCACAGAGGGAUUGUGGGUGUGCGCUCUGCACUUCACUGUGUGUCUGACACCAGAAGGUCGUCACGACUCUCUACUCCUCUUACCUCGUCUCGCUCACCUUUAUUUCAAGUGUACAUUAAUUCUGCUGUUUUCCUUCCCUGCGCUGAAUCGUCUCUCCUCCUCGCUGUAAGUAGAGGUGCGGAUCAAACAUGAUUCAUGAUGCUCAUAUACAGGCCCCGAGCCUUUAUGCUAAAUAGACGAUAGUCUUACAGGAACCAGACUUUUGACUGCUUACAUAAUGUCUGCUCGGCGUUGCAGUUCAGUCUGACCAGAAGCUGCUCAUUUAGACAGCAAGUGACUGACUGAUGUACAAAAAUGAACUAAUAGAGCAUUUUUAUGCCAUAUUAAUGGUAUAUAAUCCAGCAAUAAAUAACACCAACCUGCAUCAUAUUUGCUGAAUGAAUUUUAAAAUCCAAACAUAGUUUCUGUUUUGCUAAAGCAAGUCGCACUUUCACAGAAAACAUGAUGCAUUUCGUAGCAUUUUUGACAGUCAUUUGUAAGGUGAAGUCUUGUAUUCUACCUUAAUCAGCAGAAAGAACGGCUACAAAGACAUGGUUCCUGUCUUCAUCUAAACCAGAAUACUGCCCAUUUUCACAUGUCAGGAUUAGGAAUGAAAUAAUACCAUGUUAUAUGCUUAAUCCUGGUUUCAAAACUCAAACGUUGGCCAGUGACAGAAGAAAAUGCACAAAUGAGCCAGAUGUGUUCUGCUGCAUCUGCAUGACAGAAAAUUAUAUAUUUUGUGGACCAAAAGCUUAUUUUGAAAAGUUGAAUAAUAUAUUUUUAAAUACUUAUUUUUGGUUUUGAUAUUUUUGAACCAUGUUAAAGCUAAUGAAUGUAAUUAUAAAAUAUGUUCAUUCUUAUUUUGUGAAAAACUGUACACGAUUGAAAGUUGUUAUCAUCAGUAUAAUCAAACGUGAUAAUAUCAGGCCUUUUUUUGGAACUCAGCAGAAUUUCUGUUUUUUAAGAUGCAAAACAUCCAGUAAAUUAAAUAUGUAACACUUAGCAUGCGCAUUACUAGCAUAUAGACUAUUUGUAAGUACUUAUAAAGCACAUAUUAAUGCCUUAUUCUGCACAACCAUAUUUUAGAUCUCUUUAUCUCUUUAUUUUACAAAUUAAGCAGCAAAUUAAGAGUUUAUUAAAGCAAAAGUCAUAGUUAAGUUAAUAGUGAGCACUGGUCCCCAAUCUAAAGUGGGACCUGAAACACACAUAUGAGCACAGUGAGUUGAACAGUGUAAAUAUAAAGCAAGUUGCAACAUUGGACAGCAACCACAAACGACCUACAGUCACAUAACGUCUGUUCAGGAUGUCAGCAGUACAUCACAACACAACAAACACUAAAUUACCCCCAUUAUAAUCAGCAGAGCUCUUUACGCUCAUCCGUGACACAGCUUGGCGGUUAAGUUCAAGUUUGCUGAUUGCUGUCAGGUUUUUAAAGCUAAUUGGUGUCGGAUUAUGAACUAUAUAACAUCAGAAGUAAAGCAGAAUCACUACUUUCUGACAAACAUCGCACAGUUUCCACUAUAGCUUUCACUGUUAUGUAUUUAAAUAUUUAAGUUACUCUAACCGUGAAAGAUUUAAUGCUAUGGACCUUGGGAAAUUUGGGAAAUUUAAUGACUAGUUGUUCAUUGUAAUUAGCCUGGGAAAUUUUGAAGUUAAUAUGAAAUGGAAAUUCACUAAAUUCACUAUAUUAUCUCUGUAUGCUGUUGCAUGCUGUUGUAAACAGUUAAUCUGUGCAUGUAAAUUUUAAUUCAUGUGAAAUGGCAGGCUUCUCUCUAGUGAAGACUAUGGGACAUAUCCAAUAAUUUAGUGCACUUUGACUCCGCCCCUUUCUUACAGUUGACUUCAAGCUCGUCAUCCAAUCAACAAACAGUGCACGGUUGAGGCUUAGUUUGCUAGUUGUUUUCCUUACAGGUGAUUUAACUUAUGUUUAUUUUAUUUUUCCUGUCCUUCCAGUGUGAUUUUUCAUCACUUCUGUGCCAUGACUGAGCCUGGACCUUUAUAAAUUAUGAUCCAAGCUAGAAAUAGAAAUUUGUCCUUUGGUGUGAACACUGCUCUGUUCAGAUAUUUUGGGGGAAACCUUGUCAUUGUUUGGCUUCAGAUAUUUACCAUCGAAGAAGCUGUCCAAAUUCUUCAUCAGAUUUGGAGAAAUGUAGCAUUGCAUCAAUGGAUGCUCUGGAGUGAAUGGGUGCCGUCAGAAUCCAAACAGCUGAUAAAAACAUCACAAUAAUCCACCGCACUGGAUCCUCCAGUUAACAUCUGGAGAAGACAAAAGCUGCAUGUUCGUAAGAAACCAAUCCAUCAUCAGGAUGUUUUAACUUCAAUCCGUCUCUAAUAUCCUAAUAAGUUUCCUCCAGUGAAUAAGUCCAUGUUGUGAUCAAACAUCAAAAUCCACCCAGCAUAUUUGUUUAGAGCUGUUUUGGACUGUUUUUGCUUGUAAAAGUCCUUGGUCUGUGCAGAUUUCUCUCAGGAAGGGAACCGAGAACUUGAUUUAGCCAGAAGCAUUUUAAUUUAAGCUCAUUUCCAUUUUUGGGAGAACUAAUCCUUUAAGAGAUGACUGACUUAAAUCAUGAAGAUCUUGUAAACGAGCAACCGUUUCAUUGGAGGCACAGUCUUAGCUCAGACUUCCCAUUGCACUUUGAAGUAGAACAUUGUGUCUGAUAUCAAAAGUACUCAUCAGAAUUAAUUACUGUUGUGUAAUUGACCAACUGACAGUAAAGAGUGUCUGACUGAGGGAAAACGCUGCUUGUGGUAGUGUAAGAUGCUUGUCUCUCUGGGCUUCUCCAGCGUUUGUGCUGCAUGUGCGCUUUCUGUGGAGUCGCAGCACAGAUGGGUAAAUGUCAGUGAAGUGUCCUGAAUAGAUCAUCUCCAUAAUGUGUGUCAGGACAUAAGUCUCUCCGUUUCUCCGCUCGCUCGGCUGUCUGCAGUGCAGCGUAUUGACAGAUUACUGUGACAUGAUUAAUACAGUAAUGUUUCAAACUGUCAGUUCGGGUCCAGCUGCUUCUGCGGGUGCAGAGUUGUGGCACAGAGGAAGUAACGCUUUCUGUUUGCACCUUCAGUCCGUGUUCCUGAGAAUAUUUGUUCUAGCUCACCAAAACCUAAUUUUAUUGGUUCAGAGGCUUUAGCUGCCUGAACAGAAACACCAGAGCUGUUCACUGUGCCAUUUGGGCAAAGAAAAUGUCAACUAAUAUAAUACAGAACAGUUUAUUCCUUUAUUAAAGGGUUAGUUCAUCCAAAAAUCUAAAUUAUGUCAUUAAUGACUCACCCUCAUGUCGUUCCAAACAUGUAAGUCCUCCACAGUUUAAGAUAUUUUAGAUUUAGUCCGAGAGCUUUCUGUCCCUCCAUUGAAGCUGUGUGUACGGUCUACUGUCCAUGUCCAGAAAGGUAAGAAAAACAUCAUCAAAGUAGUCCAUGUGACAAUUUUUUGAAGCAUCGAAAAUACAUUUUGGUCCAAAAAUAGCAAAAACUAUGACUUUAUUCAGCAUUGUCUUCUCUUCUGUGUCUGUGUGAGAGAGAGUUCAAAUCAAAGCAGUCUGGAUAUCCGGUUCAUGAACGAAUCAUUCGAUGUAACCGGAUCUUUUUGAACCAGUUCACCAAAUCAAACUAAAUCAUUUUAAACGGUUUGCGUCUCUAAUACGCAUUAAUCCACAAAUGACUUAAGCUGUUAACUUUUUUAAUGUCAUACAAAAUCAUGUUAUUGUUUAUUUAGUACUGACAUGAAUAAGAUAUUUCACAUAAAGAUGUUUACAAAUAGUCCACAAGGUAAAAUAAUAAUUAAAUUUAUUAAAAAAAUGACCCCAUUCAAAAAGUUGAUUCUUAACAGUGUGUUGUUACCUGAAUGAUCCACAGCGGGGUUUUUUUGUUUCGUUUGUUUAGUACCUUUUUGUCAGUUAAACUGUCUGCUGUUCUUCAGAAAAAUCCUUCAGCUCCCACAAAAAUCUUAGUUUUUCCUGCAUUUUUGUGUAUUUGAACCCUUUCCAACAAUGACUGUAUGAUUUUGAUCAUACAGAAUGAGUUUUUUUGAGAAAGUAAAAAUGCACAAAGUUUCCUGUGAGGGUUAGGGUUAGGUGUAGGGUUGGUGAAGGGACAUAGAAUAUACAGUUUGUAUAGUAUAAAAACCAUUACACCUAUGGGAUGAACACACUUUACACAAAAACAAACGUGUGUGUGUGUGUGUGUGUGUGUGUAAUUAAUAUUGUUUAUACGAUAUGCAUUUGUUUUUUAUUUAUUCCUUUUUUUAUAUAAAAUAUAAAUAAAUGAUCCAAUGGUGCCUAAAAAUUUGAAACCAGUUUGAAAAUGUGGAUUUUUCUUCUUCUUUAAACUUGAAAAUAAACAACAGGUAAAUAAAAACGAUUUAAGAUGGUGGACUAUUUCAGAUCACUAAUUGAGUAAUAAUAAGUGAAUUAGUGAUAUUGCUAAUUUUACUGUUCUGAUGAUAAUGCAAGUGAAACCCUCUCUUUGUUUGUUUCCUAAAAAUCCAUGUACAUGUAAAUGGCCUCCAGCUUCAUUCAGCUCAGAUUUGAGAAAUGAUUCUGGCAAGAGCAGUAUGAGAAAUGUGUGCCUUCAUUUCCCUCUCUCAUUCAUCUU